AUGAUUUACCCGUGUGUUGAGUGUGAUAGUACUUUUCCAAAUUUAGUAGCUUUAAUUCAUCACAUAAAAUAUUGCCAUCCAUUAGUAGAAACAUAUAGGUGUACAACCUCCACUUGUUUAAGGACAUACGAUAAUUUACGAAAGUUUAAAGAACAUUUUCAAAACACAAAAAAUCACCCUAUUUGUUCUGAACAUGAAGAAAGACACAUAAGAUCUUCAAACUCAAACAGCAUUAACUUUGACUGUGACGAUGAAUCCGUCUCGAUCGUUGAUAAAAAUGUUCCAUGUACGUCGCAAGAGUUAAAAAAUGAAGAGUAUAAUCCCAACCUUUUAGACUUGAAACAGGAUGUUUUUGAUAUUGCACUUUCUUUCUCUUCAAAAAUGUAUUCCUCAACUUCUAUGACACGUAGUUCAGUUCAAGAAGUUAUAGAAAAUGUUUCAAAAUUGUCAAAUAAUCGUGUCAUGAAAUUUCUUGAAAAUAAAGUCGUUAAUACUUUAAAACUCUACAAAGCCCCCACAGAUGAUAUUCUAAAAAUUCAGUCACUGUUUGACUUUGUCUCAAAGCCUUUUGAAGGACUUGAAACUGAUUAUUUAAGACUUCAAGCUUUAGAAGAAAUGGGUGUGUACGUUCCCCCUAAACCAUUUGUCGUUGGGUCUGAAUAUAAGACUAAAAAAAUUGACGGAUGUACAGAACUUGUUCACGGUAAUGUACAUGUUCAACACAUUCCCAUGAGAGAGAUAUUGCAAAAAGUUUUAGAAUUACCAGGUGCUCUUGAUGCUACUCUUCAAAACCUAAAAUAUCUCUCAACAGUCAAAGAACCAUUUAUUAACAUUGUUCAGGGUAAAAUCUGGCAAGAUAAGAUGAAAAAUUUCGGUGAUAAAACCGUUCUUCCGCUUUUUCUUUAUUUCGAUGACUUUGAACCAGACAAUGCUUUAGGUUCCCAUGCUAGUGAUCAUAAGCUUGGAGCUGUUUAUUUUUCUAUAGCUUGCUUUCCUACUGAAUGCAUUUCAAUUCUUGAGAAUAUGUUUUUAAAUCUAUUGUUUUUGUCGGAAGAUAAAGUAUUCGGAAAUGAUAUAAUUUUCCUACGAACUAUCAUGGAUUUAAUUGAAUUAGAGGAGGAAGGGAUAGUCGUUAAUGGUCAAAGAAUUUAUUUCUGUCUUUGUUCAAUUCUUGGGGAUAAUUUAGGCAUUCAUGAAUUGCUAGGAUUUGUUCGUGGAUUUAGAGCAAAUUAUCCUUGCAGGACUUGUAAAGUGCACAGAGAUAUCCUUCAAAAACAAACACGUGCUGAUGAUCAACUUCUUCGAAAUUCGGAAAAUUACCAAGCUGAUUGUACCACAAAUAACGCCACUGAAACUGGAAUUGCCGAAAAAUGCGUCUUUAAUAAAAUUCGCAGUUAUGGUGAUCCAACCCAAAAUUUUCAUUGCGAUAUCAUGCAUGAUCUCGCUGGAGUUGGACAGUAUGACAUGGGAAAUAUUUUGUAUAACCUAAUUAAAGAGAAAAAAUUCUUCACUCUUGAAAUUUUAAAUGAACGAAUGUGCAACUUUGAUUACAGUUUAACAGAGUCUGGAAACGUUCUUCCUCCUAUUUCUGCAGAUCACUUGUCUAAUAAAAAAGUUAAAUUCUCUGCAUCUGAAAUGAUAACGUUUAUCAGAUAUUUUGCUUUGAUGGUUGGAGAUUUGGUUCCCGAGAAUAAUCCUGUCUGGAAUUUCUUUUUAGUUUUCAGAGAAAUAGUAGACAUUAUGACGGCUCCUUACGUAAAUCGAGAUACAAUUGAGUAUUUGAGAGUUUUAAUUUCAGAACAUCAUGAGAUGUAUAUUUCUUUAUUCGAGUGUAGCCUCACACCAAAACACCACUUUAUGUUGCAUUAUCCUGAUCUGAUGUUACUCCUUGGACCCUUGAUAUAUAUUUGGUCAAUGAGGUGGGAGUCUAAACACAGAUCUUCGAAACAGGGUGCUCAUAUUGUAAAUUCGAGAAUCAAUUUGGCCCAUACGUUGGCUGUACGGCAUCAGUUGCAACAAUGCGACCGAUUUCUUACUUCGAAACCUUUUCUUACUCCUCCUACUUGUGGACCUUCGCAACAAAGUGUUAAUUAUUUAGAAAAAUAUCGCGAGUUUUCAGAAAUCUUGCCUUACAAUGUGAAAAAUCGACAAUCGCUGGUGGUACCAUGGGCCCUAAUAAAAGGCACAAAAUACGAACCAAACAUGGUCAUUGUUUUAGGAUAUACAAAUGAAUUGCCUUAUUUUGGGAUUAUAAAGUACAUUGUCACUUGCGAUACAAAUAUUUAUUUCAUUUUCUCUGUUCUGAAAACUAUUGGAUUUUGUCGACAUUACUAUGCGUAUGAAGUUGAAGACGCUAAUGAUUGGAAAUGUCGUUUGUUCGAGGAACUGAUGAUUUCUCAUCCACUGAAAUUAAUUAUUCUUCCAAAAAGUGGUGUAAAGAUGAUUUCUACGCGAUUUAAAUUGUAA